UGUUUGUAUUGUAUUGUUUUCCGGCGUGCAUAUGGUUACAUUCAGGGCUCUAGUUCCAUCCACCAGAACGGGGGUCACUGGCGCCCCCUUUAAGAGACAAGAUGGAGUGUCGUCACGGGAUUAUGAAAGCAUUCCCGAAAGUUAAAAGAGCCAAAGCGUUACACGGAAAGGAUGCUCCCCCAGUAAAGAAGAAACCUGAUGAAUGUGAUGUGACAGGAAACACUUUUAAUGGUGUCACUGUGUACAUCCUGCCUGCUGGAAUAGGAAAUGCCAGAUACCAGAUCUUCCAAAGACAAAUUCAGCAGAAUGGAGGACAGACGGAGAGUUCACUGUGUCCCAGUGUCACUCAUGUUGUUGUGGAUGACAACAUGAAUAUCGACAGGGCUCUGCGCUUACUGAAAGUAGAUUACAUGCCCUCAGGAGUCCACCUGCUGAAAUGUACUUGGUUGAGCCUGUGCAUCAGUGAGAAACAAAUGCUGGAUGUUGACAGCUACAGCCUUCUUCUACCCAAGAGGGAAUCUGAAACACGUCAUGAAAAUAUUAAAGAAGAGUUGCCAAAUGUCAAGCCAUCUGUGCAGCCAGUGUCGGAUCAAAACAAUCAAGAGGAGACCAUAGACAUGACAGUCCCAGACACCAAAGAGGAAGUGCAAGGAGAGGAAGACGGGGUCUCUCAGAGUGAUCUGGAAGCACUCAUCACUGGCCAGCACCCCAAAGAGGAGACUCCCGGCCCCAGUCUUGAUCCUGGUCCAGACUCAGCAGCUCAGAAGCUGGUCUCAGGGAAGUGGGUCUGUGCCCAGUCCUCUCAAUCCAAAAAUCACAACUUCAACAAGCACAUCACAGACAAACUAGAAGUCCUGGCAAAGGCGUACACACACCAGGGGGACAAGUGGAGGGCACUGGGCUACUCUAAAGCUAUAAACGCACUGAAGAGUUACCAUAAGCCUAUUACAUCAUAUCAGGAGGCUUGUCAGAUCCCAGGAAUUGGAAAACGCAUGGCCGACAAAAUUGAUGAGAUCAUGGAAAGCGGCCACCUGCGAAAGCUAGAUCACAUUGGAGAGGCUGUGCCUGUGUUGGAGCUCUUUAGUAACAUCUGGGGUGCAGGAGUUAAAACUGCACAGUUGUGGUACCAACAGGGAUUUCGCACAUUGGAGGAUAUCCGCGCAAAAGCUCACCUGAGCAACACUCAGAAAAUAGGACUCAAGCACUACAAUGACUUUCUAGACCGAAUGCCUAGAGAAGAAGCAGCAGCCAUAGAGAAAGUGGUGAGGGAUGCUACCCAGGCCAUAGACCCACAGCUGGUGGCGAUGGCAUGUGGCUCCUACCGACGGAGAAAGGCCACAUGUGGAGAUGUUGACGUACUUAUAACUCAUCCUGAUGGCAAGUCCCACAAGGGCGUUUUCAGCAAAGUACUGCAGAGCCUCCAUGACAGUGGGUUUUUGACGGAUGAUCUGGUGAGCCACGAGGAGAAUGGAGAGCAAGAAUACAUGGGUGUGUGCCGUUUGCCAGGACCCGGCCACCGCCAUCGCAGGCUGGACAUCAUUGUAGUGCCCUACAAUGAGUUUGCCUGUGCUCUCAUGUAUUUCACCGGGUCGGCACACUUCAACCGCUCAAUGAGAGCCCUGGCAAAGACAAAAAACAUGAGUUUAUCAGAGCACUCAUUGAACAAAGAUGUGGUGCGCCAUGGUAACUUGAAGAUGUAUGGCGGCACUCCACUUUCUACACUGACAGAGGAGGGUUUUAGUCUUUUAGGCAUACCGUACAGGCAGGCUCAUGAAAGGGACUGGUGAUGAUUUGCUAGUCAACAAGCCAGUCACAAUGCCUUGUCUGGCUUUAUGAUAAAUCAUGAUGAUUGAUGGAUAAUGACAAUGGAAUCUGCCUGAAUAACUUAUUUUAAUGAUGUUUUACUGCUUCACAACUCAUGUAAGAUCCCUGUUUGACUUGAAUGCUAAUUUUACUCCACAGAUUAAAGGAUUGAGUUCAUUCAAGUCUCAAAACCAACACUUCUUCUUACUUAACCCUAAUGGUAUCUGUCCCUCCAGAUUGUUUAAGUGGUAUGUGCCGAGGUUUUGAGAUGUCCAUCUCUAAAACUUUAACUACCACCCCAGUACAAUACAAUAAAUGGAAUUUUGUUGUACAGUCCACAGCCUUUAAAAAUUACAAUUGUUAUUUUGUACGGAUGGUUUCUUCAGCAGAAAGUAGAUGGAUUAAGAUGAGUAACUACGAACAUUGUUAAGUUGUACAAAUGUCCAUUAUACAGUGCUGGCAGCAAAAGUUUCAAAUGUGAAUAUCUCUAAACAGUUAAAUCCAAAAUUAUCUUCAGGACUAGAUCCCACUAGAAUUAAGUGGAAAGGUGUGUGAUUUUGCACGCUGAGUGAACUGGCCUAAAGACAUUUUAUAUAGGAGAGCCUUGACACCGUAUUUUUAUUAAAGAUGAGUAAUAUGAAUAAAACAUACUGAAGGGUAAUA